AUGGCACCAUUUGAGGUUUUGUAUGGUAGGAGAUGUCGAUCUCGAAUUGAUUGGUUUGAUGCAUUUGAGGUUAGACCGUGGGGUACAUAUUUGCUGAGGGAGUCCUUGGACAAUGUCAAGUUAAUCCAAGAUAGACUUCUCAUGGCUCAGAGUAGGCAAAAAAGUUAUGUAGAUCAAAAGGUUCGUGAUUUGGAGUUCAUGGUUGGAGAGCAGGUUCUAUUGAAGGUUUCGCCCAUGAAUGGUGUGAUGAGAUUUGGAAAGAAGGGCAAGUUGAUCCCAAGGUAUAUUGGUCCUUUCGAAAUCGUUGAGCGUAUUGGUGAGGUGGCGUAUGAGUUGUCUUUGCCACCUGAUUUGUCGGGUGUUCACCCCAAUUUGACUUUUGAGGAGGAGCCGGUAACCAUUUUGGAUAGGCAAAUUCGAAAGUUGAGGUCGAAAGAGAUUUCUUCAGUAAAGGUUCAAUGGAAGCAUCGUCUAGUGGAGGAGGCUACAUGGGAGACCGAGUCAGACAUGAGGAGUAAAUAUCCUUAG